GACGACGAUGGAGAACGAUCUCAGGGUGAGCAAACCCAGGUUGCCCAAGGCUUACACCGAUGAACAACUGGUGUUUCUGCGGAGCCAUAUCAGCGGCUUUGAAACACGAACAAGGGGGCAUGUCAGGGGAGACGCCAAGAAGUUCGCUUUAGAGCGUGCAAACGAUUUUCUAGCGCGAUUUGGCCUGCCAGAAGAACUGCAGGGAAUCGAGGAUGCUGAACCGCGAUUCCGUGAGCAAAUCUACAACUGGUACAAAAACACCGUCGGAAGGGCCAGAAGAAAACUGGAGGGUCGUACCAGACCCAAAAAGAUUUCCUCGACCCCGUCCAAUGCCGCCGGUGAAAACGGUCUGACGUGGGGCCCUACGGUCGCCACUCCACCGACCGUGCAGUACACUACCCCAAACGAGACCACUCAAAAUGCGGACUCUUCUUCCCAAAUACCUCCUGCUCAAGCAGCAGGCCAGAUGCAAUUUAGUUUCCAAUCUAGUGUUCCUGUUCCGUCAUCCUCCACUAUUGCGCUCAAUGUCACUCCAGCAGCUCUGCGGGAUGCUUUCCUGACCCAUGGUAUCGAUGCAGCCACGUUGUCUUCGCUUAUCCAAAGCUACGUCUUAUCGCAUCCCUCGCCCACGCCGCUGGACACUAUCAUUAGCUCAUUGUUUGAAGCAAUCUCAUCUCUGCUGUCCGCACCAUCAUCCUCAAGAAACGUGUCUUUCACUGACCUCAUAUCCAACAUCCUUCGGCGCUUUCUUGACGCUUGCUCUUACUUUCCUUCUUCUCUGCUCCACGCUGGCGUAUCCGGCCCACUCGCCGGCCCGCGAGCACUGCAAAUGGCGCUACGGAAGUCGUCUGUCUGGAGUCCUCUCAGCUCAUCGUCAGGACAUGCAUCCCUGGCUGACGAGAUGGAACGUAUUGCUGCGGACCGACAGCGUCGGAAGGACCAUGUCCAAUGGGCGCAGAUCCACGCCGCUGCACUUGAACUGGGCAUGCUCAGCUUCCCGCCUAACAACCCAGAGAUAGGGUACGCCGUCCCGACUAGUCAGACAUUUUCGGAGAUGAUGGCCAGGGAUGCUGUGUGGGAAGCGGACGAAGUAGAGUGGGUCGCGGGGAUCAUUGUUUUUAGAGCACUCAUCCGGACGGGGUCCGCUAACCGAAAAGCUGAGUAUGAGCAAUUGUUGGCCACGUACGAGAGAAGAUGGAAGGAGAUUAAGGACGAAACGCGGCAGGCACUCGUAACGGAGGUCUUACUAGGUGCCCGAGACGACCUGGGCCGCCUGGGGGAAACUCACGUCUCGUGACAUCACUAUUUAGUCUCACUUGUAGCCCUUGAUGAGUCCCAAUCCUUAAUUAGUUACCGAUGCAGUAACUGUACUCGCUAUCGUAUUACUGGCAUACCGAUUGUAAUUCCUGUGAUGCAUAAUUGUAUGUAGACGGUCGAUAUCUUACAUUGAUUUUCGGGAAAGCAGAUGGAAAUGCCAUGACGGUAGGGUGAUGGAAUCAUAACGGUG